AAUAUGUCCUCAAUUUCACAGCGCAACAGGAGUUGUACUAUAUUGGUCACAGCCAAGGAACCCUAAUUAUGUUUGCAAGAUUGGCAGAAGAUCCUGCGUUUAGUAGCAAGCAUGCCGUCCAAAUUCUCAGUGGAGUGCCAAUUAAUGUUCCCCAUUUGCUCAAGAGAGCCAUUGCAAGCUUUUGUUCGAUAGACAUGAUGUCGAGAAUUUGCAGCAUGUUCCUUACUGUCGUUGGAAUGGGAACCGAGCAGCUUACCCAGUUUAACAAUGUGAUUGUCGUUUUUUUAAAAUCUCGUUGGGAUGUUUUUGUCAGCCAUUUACCGUCGCCUUCAUCUGCGCUUAAUCUGCUUCACUGGGCUCAAGUGAUGCGCUACCAUGAACUUCGAAAGCUCGAUUAUGGGAAAACCCGCAAUAUGGAGAUCUACGGACAGAAGCAGCCACCAUUGUUCAACAUAACGCUAAUCAACACUCCAAUGUAUAUAUUUUGGAGCAGUGAUGACACCUUAGCCCCAUCUGGCGAUGUUCGAGAGCAUAUUAUCAAUAAGCUGGGAAGCGCACUC